GCGCCCUUCGUUUCCGGUUGGGGGCUCGCGGGCCGCGGCGGCGCUGCCAUGAGCGACGUUGUAGAGCGCACGCUGGGCGCACUGCCUGCGCUGCUGGGGCAGCACGAGCCGGGCGCGGGGCCGGGGGGUGCGGGCGGCCCCCACAGGCCGUCGGCUUCCUCUCGGCUCGGGAGCCUCAUCCGGAACGUCACGGCGCUCACCUCCAAGCAUGAGGAAGAAAAAUUAAUCCAGCAGGAAAUAACCAGUUUGAAAGCAAUGGUUUCUGCCCCCACGACCCCGCUUAGACUGAUGAAAGAAUGUAUGGUGAGGCUCAUCUAUUGUGAAAUGCUGGGAUAUGAGUCUUCCUUUGGAUAUAUCCAUGCAAUCAAGCUUGCACAGCAAGGGAAUCUUUUGGAGAAAAGAGUUGGUUACUUGGCAGUUUCUUUAUUUCUCCAUGAAAAUCAUGAACUGCUACUUCUGCUUGUGAACACAGUUGUGAAGGACUUACAGAGCACUAAUCUAGUAGAGGUGAGCAUGGCGUUAACCGUUGUCAGCCAGAUCUUUCCACGGGAGAUGAUUCCAGCUGUUCUUCCCUUGAUAGAAGACAAACUCCAGCAUUCUAAGGAAAUUAUCCGAAGAAAAGCUGUUCAGGCUUUAUACAAAUUCUAUCUCAUUGCUCCUAACCAAGUACAGCAUAUUCAUGAUAAGUUCCGGAAAGCCUUAUGUGACAGAGAUGUUGGAGUCAUGGCUGCUUCUUUGCAUAUUUAUCUCGAAAUGAUUAAGGAAAGCUCGUCUGGGUAUAAAGACUUGACAGAGAGCUUUGUAAUCAUCCUAAAGCAGGUAGUGGGAGGGAAGCUCCCUAUUGACUUCAAUUAUCACAGCGUGCCAGCACCAUGGUUACAAAUUCAGCUUUUAAGAAUACUGGGGCUGUUAGGAAAAGAUGAUCCAAGGACAAGUGAGCUGAUGUAUGAUGUUUUGGAGGAGUCUCUAAGAAGAGCAGAGAUAAAUCAUAAUAUUACCUAUGCCAUCUUGUUUGAGUGUGUCCAAACAAUUUAUACAAUUUAUCCCAAAUCUGAGUUACUUGAAAAGGCUGCCAAGUGCAUUGGAAAAUUUGUUUUGUCACCCCAAAUUAAUUUGAAAUACUUAGGUUUAAAGGCUCUGACCUGUGUUAUUCAGCAGGAUCCUAAUCUGGCACUUGAGCACCAGAUGACAAUUAUUGAGUGUCUGGACCAUCCUGAUCCCAUUAUUAAAAGGGAGACUUUAGAAAUUCUAUAUAGAAUUACAAAUGGACAUAAUGUGAUUGUCAUUGUUCAGAAGAUGCUUGACUACUUAAAAGAAACCAAAGAAGAGUAUGCUAUCAUCACCUUAGCUGGCAAAAUAGCAGAACUAGCUGAGAAGUAUGCUCCUAACAACGAGUGGUUCAUCCAAACCAUGAAUGCAGUGUUUUCAGUUGGAGGCGACGUUUUGUAUCCUGAUAUCCCUAACAACUUUCUGAGGCUUUUGGCUGAAGGAUUUGAUGAUGGAAAAGAAGAUAAACAGCUGCGAACGUAUGCAGUGCGGUCUUAUUUAGCAUUACUUGAAGAGGAAAAUGUGUUCUAUCCACAGAAGUUCCUUCAAGUCAUGAGUUGGGUUUUGGGGGAAUAUUCCAGCCUCGCUACAGAUGUUGAUCCAGAAAUUAUUUUGACAAGGCUGCACAACUUACUGAGGAAGACUUUUGUUACCUCUGAAACUAAAGCGUGGAUUAUGGCUGCAGUCACCAAGAUAGCGUCGCGUGCCUCUUUCUCUAAAACAGUUGACAAGUUAAUCCAAGAAUUCAGUAGCUCUCUAGAUACCUGCAUGAGACAACAUACCUUUGAAUUGAAACAUCUGUGUGAAGACAAAGUAUUGAUGAGGGGCUUGCUUCCGUUUGAUGCUAGUUGUAAUGACAUGGUGGUAGAUGCUUCCUUAUCUUUUCUGGAUGAGUUUGUGGCUGAGGGACUUGGCCGGGGUGCAGCACCAUAUAAGCCCCAUCACCAGAGACAAGAGGAAAAACUUUCUCAGGAAAAAGCUCUGAAUUUUGAACCUUAUGGAUUGUCCUUUGCUUCAAGUGUGUCCUCGGCUGGUAUGGCUGGCAGACAGUCCCCCACUGGCUUAUCGUUUGGUUCUGAUACGUCUGGUAACAGUGCUGAGAUGGGGCAUAAAGAGACAAAUACUCUGAAACUGGAAGGAGUAAGGAAGCUCUGGGGCAAAGAAGGUUAUCUUCCAAAAAAAGAAAGCAAAGUAGGGAAAGAAGAUGAGCCACAGACUGUGUCGUGUAGCAGCUUAUUAGCAGGACGGGUGGCUGAAUGUCCCGUGUCACAGUCUGAUCAAGUUUCCAGCCUCUCUGAGGAAGAAAAAGAAAAGCAGCAGCUGGCAUCAACACUGUUUGUUGGGCUGGGAUCAAACACUGGUGUCAGCCUGAUGGGGAAAGUGGAUUUAUCUACUCAGAAGUUCAAAAGAAAAUCAAAGAUAGAUGAAACCCAAAGUAAUGAGGAGGCAUUGGAUAUGCAAAAUAGGGCUGCCUCACAUUUUGGUCCCUUACUUGAUACUGUCCCUGUUACUAAAGAAGAGUGUGAUGGAGAUAAACGCACAACAUUAAGGAAACCUUCCCUUUGUUCUUCAGAUACUGUGGAAGAAACACUUCAGUCUGUAAAACAGCAUGGGCUGGAUGACAAGCUUUCAGAUAGUAGACUGUCCCCAUUGUCUUUGUUUGCUGAUAGUAAUAUUGAAAUUCUUCAGCCUUCUCAGAGUUCUCAGUGUGAAAAUGCCAAUAAAACAGUGCUGCUCCCUUCCUUAGCAGGAGAACUGGAAGAACUCCCUCACUCUGAAGUAGCAGAACUUUGUCAGAGUGAUGCCUUAGCCCUGUAUUUAUGUAAGGUGUGGAAAGCUGACUCUUUGCUGCUCGUUGUGUUUGUUUCAAAUAAAAACACGUCUGCACUUAAGGCUGUGAAUGUAGUGUUUGAAAAAGAAGAACAUUUUCAGAUUCUGGAGAGCCCUGCCUGCCAGUUUUCUGUGAUUGAAGCUCAGAGCAUGGGAUGUUGUCAGAGGUGUGUGUGCAUGGACAGAGUCUGUACACAGGGAGUUAUUUCUGGCUUUGUUAAUUACCAGUCAGAAAUGGAAACUCGCCUUGAAUUUUCAGUACCUUUAUCAUUGCUGGAUUUCAUCAGGCCAAUGGAAAUGACUACAGAAGACUUUGGGAAGCUGUGGUUGUCUCUUUCCAAUGAUGUGAAACAGAAUAUUAAAAUUCCAUCCUCUCAGGAUUCCUUCUCAGCAGCUCUGAGUGUACUGCAUCAAAAGCUGAAACUCCACAUUGUUGAUAUUAUAGGUAAUGAGGGAAUACUGGCAUGCCAGCUGCUUCCAUCUGUGCCAUGUCUGCUGCACUGUCGUACUCACUCAGGGAUGCUGGCUUUGUGGUUCAGAUCACCUUGUUCUGCUCUUCCAGAUGGUUUGCUCUAUCAGUGUCAAAAGGUGAUGGAAGAAUCCUGAUAACAAUAGUACCUGCCUUAAUCUAUUUGGGGUGCAAAAAGGAAGUGAAGGAUUUAUAGAGUUACGCUGGUAAUUACCAAAGUGAAUUUAAGGUAUGCUUCUCAGAAGUAUUCACAACUUUCUUCCAGCUGGCACUAGUCUUGGACUUGAGAGGGAAGGAUGAUGACCUAAAAUAUGCCUGCAAAAACGUGCUCAGGACUGUACAGUGACUACCAAAUAAUCCAUAAAGUACUGUUAUCUGUUCAACUGAAAUGUAAAUUUCUUUUGUUGUAAAUGACUGAAAGUACUUACUUUCAUUAUGCAGCUUUUGUAGGUGUCAACAGUCAUUCUUCGUAGCAGUUACCUAAACAUGGUUUUAAAGCAAACAGAUCUCUUUUAUGCACUCAGACUUGAACACUUGCCAGGUUCAUUUGAUUAUCUUAAAUUUUUCUAAAAUUGUUUUAUAAGCACUGCUGGUGGCAACGAGUCCCACAUUGGUGGUGGUACAGAGUAACCUAUGUAGCAACAAAAGCUAUUAAAUAUUUUAAAAAUGGGAGUUUUAAUGAGUAAUGCACCUGCCAUGAUCUUGGCUUAGCACUGAAGUAUGUAAGUGGAAACAUCUUGGUAGGAGACAGGCAUGUGAAAUUGUGUUGAAAGCAUCUCAUGGGAUGGGAUGUAAGACUCUUCAGUGACUUCCUGUCUGCAGUUCUUUGUCCAUGUUCCAGUCCCAUUCCCUUUCCUUAGGGGUCAGCAGCACCCCAGUGUUUGAGCCACAUCUGAGAUGUUUCAUAUGGAUCAAGUCUGAGAUCAUGGAGGUGCCUUUCAGACACCUUAUAUUUAAUAUGGCUAGAUUCUCUGUCCAAGAAAAUUCAUGUGAUGAAAACUUCAUUUACAUUUUCUAAUUAUGAAUAGCUUCAAUAUGACAGAUGUGGCUGUACUGUGUGUGCGUGCCUGGGAGCUGCAGUAAGGCAUAUGAGCUCUGAGUUGGUCCAGUGUUUACGAUGAAUGUGUUUGUAUCGUUUCCUCCUCUUCCAGUAAUAACUUAACAGCCUUGAAAACCCAACAUUCUCAAUUUAUUUAGACAAUAUAUGAAAUCUUUAAUACUAUAAAAAGUAUAUAUAUCUUCUGUGGUUUUAUUUAAGAACACGAAAAUUGUCCGGAUGGCUCAGAAGUUAUGUAAAUGAUGUCUGUGGUAGGAUUCUCGCUUUCAUGAAUGUUAAUAUGAAACUGAAUAUUAACAAGGAAGUUUUAACUUUUAGUUGAUUCUUACCCAAUAAGCACUGGUUGGAAAGGAAAAUAAAGCACUGUUUGCUGUGUUUUGGUAAAUGUUUGUGAAAUCACCGUAACAAUGUUAACGUGCUGAUGGUUCCUUUUUUUCUUUAAGUCAUGCUGUUUGUAUUGUCAAAGUGAAGCUCCUUUUUCUAUUGCCGUUUCAGUACCUUGUUGAGAAAUCUAAGUGCACUGAACCUGUAAAUAUAUUUAAUGUUCUGCGUACUUUAAUGUUUACUUGUCACUUAAGAAAGUUUAUAUAGGUGGGAAUGGAUUGAUAGUGGGAUAAUCUCCAGCAAAUGAUUUUUCUGCUGGUAAAUCUGACUUCUGUUAUGCAGUUGGACUUUUCUAAUUAUGUGAAAUGUAAUGAAAGUAUGUUUUUGGCCUAUGCAUUUAAACCAUGUCAGCAUUUCAGUUGUUUGGUCUAGUGUUUAAAAAAGAGAAAAAGCAAUGCCUUCUAUAACUCGUGUAAAUGCUCUCUGACCUUUUCCACUGUAUGAUAAUGUAUGGUAAGCUAUAAAUAUGCAGUUCUAAGAGAAUUAUGCUUAUAUCACAUAAAGGGUUUUGCAGAAUUUGUACCUAUUAGUCUUUAUUUCUAGAAUGCCCAGCUAUAAUUUUCUUAAUCUCUCACAGUCUUUAUGUUUCUUGUAGUUUAAUGAAGAAGUAAUCAGUUUGUUUGGUGCCCUGCAAAUAUCACCAGAAUGCAGCAGUGUGAAGCCUUGUUCAUAGUUGAAGUGGUAUUUUCUGUCCUUAACCUUCACCCCCAGUGCGUGACUGGGCGAAGCAGUGAUGCUGUCCACUUCUGGUAUGGAGUUAUUAAUGAUGGUAGGUGUGAAAAAUGCAGGGAUUUUUUACUUAGGGAGUGUGUGUGACUUGGUUUCCUUUCUUUCUUGAAGGAUUAAUGUGAUUUCUGGGAAAGUGAAAUAAGAUGUGUAGAAGUGGGCUAGAAGGAACUGUGAGCGUGUGAUCUAAUUAGCAUGAAGACUUUUACUUUCAAGGACAACUGGUGGCUGCUCUGAGUGUAGUGACUUUCUGAGCAGGUGGAUUAACAGCAUUUUGGAGAGCCUGAGGUACCAGGAGGUUUCACUGUUUCACUGUGGUGUGCUGCAGGCAUCUUAGAGUUCAGGACAUUUUUGGAGUCAACAGAGAAGUUGUAUGGGAACAGUAUUUUUCCUGUUUUUAUCAGCUUCUCCUGUUGCCAAAGUAUUUUCAAGUAUUUUUAAUGACAGAGUCAAAAUUGGUGAAAGUACUUUGUUAGGUAUUCCCUGCCCCUCCUGUGAGGAACUAGGAUAAAUUUAUGUAAGGAAUAGCACUGUCUUCAGGGCCUUCUGUGUUUGCAAGUAGCUUGGAAAUGAUAUUGCCUGAUGUUUUUUACAUAUUGGGAAGAUAGAAACUUCCUCCUAGUGAGUGCUGUCCAUCCACCAUCCAGCCCUCAGGCUGUAUUAUCUGUGUGACAAGGAGGUGUCUUUUUCUGGAUCUGAGGUGUGUAUCAUAGCUGGUAAAAAUAGAAGUAGGCCUGCUGGGGUCAUGCAGGGUAAGGCUUGCUUUCGCAGUUCUGUUGCUGUGGUAAGAGGAAGUUGUGUUUUACCUCUUGGUCUUUUCAGGGUCAGUCAUUUAAUAUGCCUUUCUAUGAGAGUGUUUCUUCAACACAAAUAAGAUUUCACGUUCAGUGCAAUGUACUGUUCUGUGGUACAUCUGCAACUUCAUUAGGAUGCCAAAUGCAGUCACUCUUGAGGAUUUCUUCAGUAUUAAUGUUUCUGUGUUAUAAAGUUGGCAGUGAUGAAGCAGAGAAUAUCAAGUCCUGCCAUGGUAUGACUAAUAAAAUUAACCUAAGAGCAGUGUUUUACUGGAAUUUGAAUUGUGCCAGGAAUGUCUUCUAACUUAAAUCACAGGUAGCUAAAUAGGAACUAAAUCAAAUAAUGAAACAGUUGCAAGGCACGCUUGCUAAAGAGCUGGGUCUUAGGCAUGUUACAGCUGCUGUGGGCCUUGCACAGAGGUACCUUCUUGGCUCUGACUGAGGAGAGGCUGGGCCCUGAAGGCAGGUCCUCCAUGUGGUUUGCAGGGAGGUUCUUAGGCUGAAAGCCCCUGAGCCAUACUGCAGGAUGGAUGGAGCAGUGUCAUAGUUAGCUCAAGUGCUAAUGAUGGAGGAGUCUGAAAAAUGGGGAUUUCCUUUGUCGCUGCUUUCCAGUUUUCUUUUAAACACCUAAUUUGUCCAUGUUCGUUCCUCCUACAUUCACAAAACGUGGUCUUCAAAGAGUUGCAAACAUUGAAGAUGACAAGAUUAAACCAAUUCCUUCCUCUUAGGAAGGAACUAAUUUCAAUUUCAGUUUACUUUGGGUAGUAGAACAAAGAAAUCAAGUGAAAGAAAAAAGGGCAGUAAUCACACAUUUUUUAAUCCACGAAUAUGAUAAUACAUCAUAUACUUAAGAUGACCAUUGCCAGUGUUUAGCAAUGUUGUUACAUAGCAAGCUACUAGUACAAAAGUAAACAGUGAAUAUACUGGAUAUGCAAGUAUGAUAAAUACUAAAAAACAUCUUCUUUCCUUAAGGCUACUCUGAUUUAUAAAUAAGAUGACAGGUGUUCAGCUGGCUCGUCUAAAAUAUCAGAAUCUGGAACAUCAGCACUUGCAAAACACAAAAAUUCACGUAUACAGGAUAUCCCUUUUGCUUUGGACAUCUUCAGUGUUGAAUAAUCUUUUGCUCUGGCUUAAAAAAAAAAAAAAAAAGAAAUCCAAACAACCAACCAAACUGACAUAUUUGCUACAGGAGAAACAAACACACAGAUGUGACCUGUGCACUGGAACAGGAGUUCUGGAUGUAAUAACUGUGGUUCAUAAGCAUUGGUUGACAGGUACGUGCUCUGAGAAAGAAAGCAGCUAAUGGUGUGUGUAAAUAUGACUCUGCAAAUGUGGAAACUUGCAACCUUGUAAGGCAAAUCUUAACAGACUUCCAGUCCCAAAAGUUCAUAUCUCAUUCCCACGCUGAGUUGUAAAGGAAUAGUCUGUAUUCACUGCUGCUGAAUAUACUCUUCAUGGUUGAAGGAAACAUGAUGGAGAAUUACAUCGAUACCAAACUGCUCUAGUAAUGUUUUGUGCUGCCAUUUUCACUUGCUUCGAAAUGCAUUCUUUUGGGAAUGGAUGCUUCUAGCACAACUGCAGAGAAUACACAUAGUUGAGGUAUGUGUAUUCUCAGCUGUAUGUAGGGAAGUACAGCAAUUAUUCUCAGAGUGAGAAAAGGCAGAAGAACAGAAUUUACCUCUGUAUUUAAGAUUUUAAAUGGGACAACAAUUUCUGUUGUUGUCGUGAAGUAAUAGGUGACAGUGCUUGGAAGUUCUCCUUAGGGAGGGAUGGCUUUCAAAUAUAUGGGAGUGUCUGCCGUGUCAUGAGAAUGGAGAAACCCCAUGACACUGAAUGUCUUGGCAGACUGAGGUGAGUCUGAGAGGUCAGAGGCAGGGGGCAAGGAGAGAUUUCUGCACAUGCUUCCUUUACGUAGGGUCAGCCAGCAUCAACCCAGCUGUAAGGUUCUGCAAGCAGCAAGCUGGCUUAUCUGCUCUGGUUCUCUUCCUUAAUGAUAGCAAAACUUGACAGAAACCAGUAUUUCUUUGCAAAAUAUCUUUUGUUUCAGGACAGCGGUGCGUUUUGCUUAAAAACAAAAAAAGCAGAACACUCUGAACCAAUGGGUUGUUUACGAAGCUCACCAGAGUUGGUAGCGUUCUCUUCAAAGGGCUGUGGACAUACUGCACUCAGAUGGCACUGUGAGCAAAGCAGUGCAAGAUUCUUGGAACUGAAACAAUCAGGACCUGUUUCAGGAUAGCAGAAAAGAGGGAAAAUGUUAAUUUUACUUGGUGAAUCGUUUUUACCAUCAGGUUUCACUCAGGACAGUGUCAGAGCAUGCAGUUCAUGUGCAGCACGUGGCUACUGCUGUUGGACUUGAUCCAAUAAAGGGGAGGGGAGGACCACGAGCACGACCCAGAGGGCUGGAGCACCUCUCCUACAAAGACAGGCUGAGGGAGCUGGGCUCAGUCCGGAGAAGAGAAGGUUCUGAGGUGACCUGAGAGUGGCUCUCCAGUGUUUAAAAGGAGCUCAUAAACAGGAGGGAAACCAACCUUUAACAUGGGUGGGUAGUGGCUUUAAACUGCAGGAGAGGAGAUCUAGAAUAGCUGUUGGAGAAGUUUUUCAUGGUGAGGCUGUGGAUGCCCCCAUCCCUACAGCUGUUCAAGGCUGGGCUGGGUGGGGAUGUGGGCAACCUGAUCUAGUGCUGAUCUGGUGUUAGCAACCCUCCCCAUAACAGGGGUUGGAACUAGAUGAUAUUUGACGUCCCUUCUAAUCCAAGCCAUCCUAUGAUACUACUGGUAGUGAUUAAUUUGACCUUCCUCUGCUUUUCACCUUAAAGUUGUUUGUUUUUCAUGGACUUUGCGUGGACAAAAUAAAGGAAAUGGAAAGAUUUCAUCUGAAAUGGACUCCAGUUUAGAACUAUGUAGCAGGAUCCCCAUUGGCUCCAAGGGUACUUCAUCACUGAUGAGCAUGUGUGUAGCUUGGGGACCUUGGUGUGAGGUGAGGAACAGAGCACUUGGGCCCUUUGCCAGCUGCUGGGGAACCUAAAUGCUAAGAGAUUUAAAAAAAGUUCCAGUGCUGAUUUGAUUUUGGAGCCUGAGCUCAUUAGGCCUUUUCCAGCCAUUAGCAUAUAAAUAGUGCCUGCACCAGCCUGCUGUAAUUCAGUUGUGCAGCAGGGAUCUGUCAGUGGCUGGGGGUGCAGAUUUCUAUAUCUCUGUACCGUGUUCCACAUGGCCCUCACUCACAACUGUUGUGCUUCACCACAGCCUCUUGGUGCUUUCUUCUUUAUUCCACGAGGCAGCAGUAGAUACAGGAAUUUGAGUCACAGAAUUAUCUGAGUUGGAAGGGACCCGCAGAGACCAUCCAGCUCAACUCCCCUGCAAUGAACAGGGACACCUACAGCUGAUAAAGUCCUUCCAGCCUGAUGUGGGCUGUCUCCAGGGCCGGGGCACCCACCACCUCUCUGGGCAACCUGUGCCACCUCCUCACCACUCUUAUUGUAGAAGACUUCUUCCUUAUAUCCAGUGUAAACCUCCACUCUCUUAGUUUGAAACCAUUCCCCCUUGUCUUAGCCCCUUAUCGUUCUGUUUAAAUUGUUUUCCAAGCUCACUAGAAUGUCACAUUGAAGUUGUCAUCAUUCCUUGUGCACUAUAUCUGUACUAGUGAGCUGUACAAAAGAAUGCCCUUUAAUUUCAGCUGAGCCACCACCUGGAAAACAUGAUUCAAUGCGCUUGAAAGAAUUGCCUGUCAGUGGGAGAGCAAAUUGUGGGCCUGGUCUGCUGACUGGAAGAAAUAGAAAAACGGUGAUUUAAUCUAGAAAUGAUAAAACCAGGAUGAGAGCAUUCUUUCACAUUGCAGUGUGUUGGAAUAUAAAUAGUAUCUGUGAUGAAUAAUUAUGUGCAUUUGACAAAGGAAAAUGGAAGAUGAAUAUUAGUGUCUGUUUCUGUAAUAAGCGUUUGCUAUUAAUUAAGUGGAUGCGGGUGCUCAGUAUCUGUUUUCAUCAGAACUUGCAAAUAAUUGCAGGGGAGUUCUGGGAUAUUAAUUUACUUGCAUUAUGACAAUCCCACUGCUGUGUUGUCUCUACCGGCUGCCAGUCCAGUCAUCUGUCCCUGUGCUGACAAGGACAUGAAACUGUUUGAGAGUGGCCAAAGAGCUAGGAGAACAUUUAAGGUCUGAGGGCGUGCUGUGUGAGCAGUGGCCAAGUCCCUGGGUUUGCUCAGCCCGGAGCAGAGGAGCUGAGGGGAGGCCUAUGGAGGCUGCAGCUCCUGCCAGGGAGCUCUGCUGUCUGGGGCGGUGACGGCCUGAGGGAACAGCACGGAGCUGUGCUGCAGAGGGGUGGGUGGAGGGGAGGGAAGGUCUGCACCAGAGGCUGGUGGGCACAGAACAGCUCCCCAGGGCAGUGAGCACGACCCUGAGCUGCUGGAGCUCGAGGAGCAUUUGGACACUGCUCUUUGGACAACACGAGGUGUGCCGCGUGAAAUUCUGGCUCUUCUGAGCACGGCAGGUUUACAGUGGAAGUCUUCCUGCAAUACAUUUCUCUUUAAACAUCUUCGCCUCCUACAGCCAGCGCUUCUAUUUUCUGCUUUCUUUCACACAGCAAAACAAAUCAGAAACAGCGUUAUAGAAGCUAUUAGCAUUCAACAACGUUACACCAAACCUAAAAAAGAAAACCCAACCUCCCAGCACAGUGCUUUGCAAGGUAAUGGUUAGUCCCUGUUAUAGAAAUUCAGAUGUCUUAGUUUUCAUUCCAGAACGGACCAGUUCUGCCUCAAGUCUUUUUUCCUCUCUUUAAGUCACCCAAUGAGUCGUGCAUGAUGAAAGCUCUUCCAAAAGGCCAUGCAAAGGGAUUUGACCCCUCAGCACCAUUCUGCAUAGCUCCACAGACCUCUAUUUUCAUGGUGGGGUCACCACAGCCUGACCAGUGCUAGUCUGGGGACAGCCUGCAUCCAGCUCUGCAGAGCAGUGCUGAGCACAACUCGCCAUCCCACCAUCUGCCCCUCACAGCGAUGCCUCGUAUGCACGAACCCUAAUAACAGGGAUGCUGGAUAACAGGACUGCCUCAUGACAGAAGUGUGAAAAGAGUUCGGCAGCUCUAGGGAGGGGAAAUAAGAUUUUUGUAAGAAUUUUAGGAGUUUUUGAGCCUAAAAGGCAAGAGCAUCUGUAAUAUUCUCAAAAUAAUAUGAUUCCAGAUGGCUGCACCAAGUACAAAAUGGCUAGAAUCAAAUGCUCAGUGACUGUAUUUUUUGGUAAAUAUCCAUUCAAUCGUUACAUAAGUGACAGCAGACGUAGUACAUGCCCCCACUUUGCAUGGGAGAGAACAUAACUCACUUUCUGGAAAUAAGGACGUGGAAACAACCACCCUGAGCAGAUGAAUCUAAUUAGCCACUUAGCCAAAGCCUUAAUAAAGUUUUGCAGCUAAGAUAUUUUCACUGCUGGCAAAAGGCUCAAGUGGCAUUUCCUUGAACUCUGAAGAGAGUGUUCAUUCGCAGGUAAAAAUGUAUGGAGUAGAGCUGGUCUGCAGAAGUGGAGUUUGCCAAGUGCUAUUUAAAAAAUUAUGUCGGCUUGCUUGAAGAGAAAGGAUAUGAAGCAAUCAAUCUGGUUUUGCCCCACCUGUGAAGGUCAGAUUGGGUAUCUGACGCUGGGAGCUGUUACUAUAGUGCCUGUUACAGCUUUUGUGCUGAUCCAUCAAUUAACUGAAUGCCUCCUCUGCCUCACCUGAAGCAAUGCCACCUGCAGCUGUGUGUUACCUCUCUUUGAAACUGAGAGUACCUGAAUCUGAGCUAAAAUGCUGGCUGCCCUGUGCUGCGCUGCUCUGUGCUGCUGGAUCCCUGCUGAGCCCAUACCAGCCCCAUAGAGUGCAGCCUCUGCAGCGAGAGGCAGCCUUCAAGGAGUCAGCAAAGCUGCCGGAAAUGUGGGCACCCAUCCAGCUGCUGGCAGUGCUCCGGUCUGGAGGAGGGGGACAGAGCCAAGGAACAGGCAUGUCCUCUGAUCUGCCACUGUCUGAGAGCUGCACCGCGGAAAGUGCUCUGGGGUUGGGCACUGCUGUGCACAAAAGGAAUUUACUGUUUUCAUGACUUUAAUGCUUCAUGUGCAAUCUAUGUAUCUUCAAGUUGUAUUGUGCACCUGCCCCAGAGGCUGUAGAGUUUGAGUAUGAACAAACGGGGCAGUAGCACCAAAAGUUGUGCCAUUGCAUGGAGUGUAUCAGAAGCUGUGGCACGAUGGGAUGUGGCUCAGUGAUUCAUUAGGUCAGGAUGACGGUUGGACUUUUGCAGCCUGGGUGGCUCCAUAAUGCUCCUACCAGGAGUUAAAUAAGCAGCAGGUAUCGCUAUGGCUGCUCAAACCUGCUGCUGUUAUCGACAGCUCGGGCUGACAGCUUGUUUUGGUACAACACAGUUCACCGUAAUGUCUCUUUAUCUUGAGAUAAAUAGCUUAUAAAGCAUAAGUAACCUCUGAUGGAAAUAAGAGUAGGAUUCAUUAAGCUUCUAUGGACAAGAAAAAGCUAGUGUGGAUUUAGAAAGGAGAACGUGUAAAAACAGCAAAAAAACUCUGUUGCUUAAUUUGCAGCCGUCAUAAAAAAAGUUUAGUGAUAUAAAAUGGUAGCUAGAGGCAAAUGCAUGUAUUGCACUUCUCCUUUGUGUAUCAUUCACGCUAUGGAACAGAUGAGCAGAAGUGAAGGCAGAACUCAGGAUUUCAAAAUAGCUCUCAGACCAGGCAGAAAAAAAUGCGGGAAAAGAAGUUCUCUCACAGCACUUUGGUACGGAGCGACCCGCGAACUGCUGUGAGCACACAAGCACACACACACACACACACACAUAAACACACACACACACACAUACACACACACAAACACACACACACACAUACACACACACAUACACACACACACACACACACACAUACACACACACAGCUCCUGGACAGCCGCAGGACCGCUGCAGGAGAAACAUCCCGUGCUUCCAGUGACUUUAAGCCAAGAAAUCCAAUAGACCAGAUGGAAUAUAUCAGCAUUCAGGGAGGGCCAAUUUAAACACGUGUAAGCACAGGGGGCCCAGCACUCAAACUUUUAACACUUCUAAAUGGUUACUGUGUACAUAAGAAGGCUGCUCAUUUCUGCAGGGGGAACUGGAGGUGGGGGACUGGUAAUUGCACAACCCCAGGGGGAAGUACUGGUGUCCAGACCUCAGAAGUCAGGCUGAAAAUGGCAGCAACAGCUCCAGCCAGAGGGAACGUGACUGAAUGGAGGGGAAAAAAAAACAAAACAACUCCACUUUUUCAUCUUGAUACCUCAUGCAAGCAGCAAUCACUGCAAAGAAACGCUUUCUGGGAGCCUAGGGAUUGGAGAUGCCCAAAGAUGAUCUUAUUUCAGCAGCUGGCUUAUAUUUUGAAAAUACUUCUUUAACCCGAAGUUGCAACAGUGCCUUCAGCACCUGGCAUAGGAGCUGAGGAGCUCCUUCAGUGGGUUAGAGCUGCUGCAGUGCCCCAGCCCUGCUCCCAGCUGCAGCUGGCGAGGAGCAGCUCAGCUGCUGCUUCCUCCAACUGUUUAUAAGGAUAGGCAGUGAUAGGACAAGGGGGAAUGGUUUUAAGCUCAGGGAGAGAAGGUUUAGAUUGGGUGUCAGGGGAAGUUCUUCACAGACAGUGGUGAGAUGCUGGAACACGCUGCCCAGAGAGGUGGGUGCUCUGUCCCUGGAGGUAUUCAAGACCAGGCAGGAUGGGGCCCUGGGACACCUGGUGUAGAACUGGAUCUGGAGGUUGGUGGCCCUGCAUGUGAUAAGGGGGUUGGAACUCGAUGAUCCUGGGGAUCCCUUCCAACCCAAGCCAUUCUAUGAUCAGCUCUGACAGCACUGCUGAGCACUCCUGCUGCCCUCAUAGGGUGUGAACUGAAACACAUCCUGUGUCUAAAAACAGCUGGCAAAGGAAGUCCUUUCUGUGUGUGUGGGUGACCAGGUGACAGCUCUGAAAGCAGCCAUCUGAAUUUUGUUAAUCUGGUAACCUGCAUCAGAAGCAAGGUCUAGGACUGGCUGCUAACAUCUAGUUGCCACAUCAGUAUCCUUGUAGACUGGCUUUCAAAUGCUUAGUUUAAGUUUUGUCCUGUUUUGUAACAUGCUCACAGCUGUGCCGAAGUAGCAAACACCUGGCUGGCUUCUGGCAGUUGGUGUAAGCAAGGCAGAGUGCUCAUGCAGCACCACUGCUACACAAACAGGCAGCAAACACGGCUCUCCUCUUAUCUAGAAUUGCUCAGGUCUUGUGCUGAUGAGUAAGUCUGUCUGCCAGCAGCGAUAAUAAAGUAUUGGUUUUUAAGAACCAAUUUUGCUAUACAACUGCAAAAGGUUUUGAUACAUCAAUCACUGUAUUUUAUAAACAGACUUCAAAUCUUUCAGUGUUACUGCUGUUUGAUAGCAAGUGCAAAAUACGUCAAAAGUAGUGAACAUCAUUACCCAAGAAAAUGCCCCUGUAACUCUGGCUGAUGCUGUGAGACAAAACGCUCGCACAGCGACUGCGAGCUGAGCCAGGAGAGGAAUUUGCAGUAGCAGGAGCCAUAAUAGCCCAUACAUUUGUUACUGGGAAUGAGCUUCAGGCAGUGAGACUGCAGGGGGAGGCUCUCUUUAAUGUGAAACUACAGCCCUGCACGCAAGCAGCUCAAGUCUAGCUGUGUAAUGCUGUGGGAAAUGUGGCAGUUGGCAACUGCUGUUGAUGCUGUCCCUGCAUUUUGAGAUGGAAAUAGUUUAUAAUUCUAAUGGCUGUAUUUCUCUUUAAAUUGUAAGUUUGAUCAAGAAAACCUUCUAGAUAAGAAAGGUGUGCUGAUAUAUGUACAGCAUUACAGCAGGAGCUGUGGUAUAUAUGGGCAGUUCAUAGAAACCAGUGAGGAGCCCUGUGCAGGCAAAUGGGGACAUAUUGAAUUGCUUAUGAACCAAUUCUUCUGCCUUCAAACUGUCAGUGAUUUUUCAGUGUGCUUUACAGCAAAUCCUGGGCAUUAACUCAGAGUUUAAUUUCAGUCUUUGAAAUAUUUUGUUCUUAACUUCCUUUGUCUUCUCCACGUUCAUCACACUUCUUACACCUUCUCCCUAAAGAUGAGGAACCUUUACAAGUAAGGUAUUUUGGUGACUGUGUAACAGUCCAGUUACACAAAUCAUUAUCUCUAUAGAAAAUUAUUCUUGUUUGCAUGUUAAGCUGUGUGAUUUUCCCAGCAGGACAGUGGUAAGUUCUUUGAUACAUGCUAAGUAACUGCCUUAUGCAUAGGCAGAAUAUAGGCACGCAAUGAACAGCAAGUCGAUUUUCUUGUGAGGGGAAAAAUGUCUCAUCCUUCCUAAGGAUGCAACUCUCGUAUUCUUCUACACAUGUCAUUAUUAUCAAGAAAGGAAGAUUUUCUUGCCAAGGUAUUUGUCACAGAAUUUCACAAGCCCUGAUAAACCUUGCAAGGUCUCCUAGCUCUCCAGACACAGACACAAUUACUGUAGCAGUGUCUUGCAGAUGACCUGCAGAACUUGCUGUUGGUGCUGCUUCUUGUGCAGUUUCCAAGCUGGUAGACUCUGUUUUGUGCAAAAACAGGGAAAGCUGUAAUUGUGAGCACUGCCUGUAUUCCAUAGGGAAUACAGCCAGGCACCCUGACAUGCAACAGGCAGAACCACCUCACUGACAGCUGCUGCAGCUUUCUGUUCAGUGCACACCAUCAUUCCUGCUGCCCCUUCCACACAAAUUACAUGUGUGUCCACAGGGGGGAAAGAAAACAAAACCAAAAAUGAAAAGAAGCAGCAGAGCCUGGAUGGUGGCAGGUGCUUCGUGCCCCACAGCCCUGUGCUUUGAGCAGCUGCUUGCAAAUGCCCAGAAAUGGAUCUGCUGGUCCAAUCUGUGCCUGCUCUCCUCGUGUGGGUUUGGAGCCAGGGAACAGCUACACCCUGCUCCCAUGUCUGAGUGCUUGCAGCAGGUCUUAGGGGACCUCACUCCCAUUUCAGGAAUUGUUUAGAUUCUUUCCCUUUGCACACCCUGCUGUUAGUGAAUGGGAAGAUGAGGGCUAUGGAGGUAUUUGGGCUUUUGUGAGAUCUGUGCUUAGUAAUUACCGCAUUUAUAACUCCUGGCUAAUGGGAGGCAUAAGUCUUGCUGUGCAUCCGUGGCUCAGAUGCUUUGUAGUCCUUCCCCAGCAGUCGCACAGAAGCCAGCAAUUCUCAGUAGGAGUAUGGUCAUAUGUUGUAGAGCAAGGCUUGGCAGUAUCAUCACUAAGUAUAAACAUGGCCUCCGUGCAGUACAUGUGUGCUUCACUUCUGAUACUGCUUCACUGAUUUCUCUUUUUCCCUCUUUUUUAUGCGCUCAGGAAGAAAAUUCUGUACGUUUAUUUCAGAGCUUGAAGUUUUCUUCUUGCAGUAACUGUUCCUUCUCCAGAGAUGCACCCCUCUGCCUUUUACAUAGAGUACUUCUAUUUCUGACUGUGAUAUAUUGAGAUUAGCAUGAAAAAUAACCACAUCCAUGCUCUGGGGAUGUACAAAAUUCCGUGAGAAAGCAAGGAAUUGGGACAGCUGGUCCAAGGAUGCCAUGAAACUAAAGAUGGCAUUACUCUGCAGCACAGUACAAGGCUGAAGGAAAGUGGGGGGGAGGGAAAGCAUUUUUGCUAAACAAGGUCAAGGUGAACAAAGAUCCAAGAACAAUGAGCUGUGAGUGCAGGAGGUGGGGGGCUGCUGCUGACCAGCUGGGCUCCCUGGGGAGAGGACUGAACCAGCAGUUCCGUCCUCCACCACACCGCUCAGAUCUGCAGUUUAUCCUAUGGCUUUUCAUUUAGAAAAAGUACUUCUCAUACAGAAGAUUCUGCAGGUGUGCAAGUCAGUUAUGUCAGAAAUAUUCUUUUAAACCUCCAUCUCCAGCAAUGCUCAGUUAUAACACUUUGUAUGCUUCAGAGCUGCUGCUUGCAAGGUGUGUGGGUGCUGCUUAUGCCUGUGUAUUUACUAAAGCUUUCCAACAGGAACAUGAAGGCCUAGGUUUGUUAAAGCACCUAAGCACAGUCCAAAACUUUUAUUCCUAGUGUGGGAAUACUCAAGUUCAGAGGUUAAUUUGCCCAUUCCCACGUGCAGGACCCCUUUGCUCUCUGCCGUUUCCCAGGACGCAGCACUCACAGCACGCUCCCACACUGCCUGCAGGACGGGGUGCUUUGCUCCGCUCCUCCAACCUUUACCAUAAUAGGUGACAGGACAUCAGCCCCUGCUCUGCCCUCAUAAACAGCAUGGAACUUCAUUGCCAUUUGAAGCAGAAAGUUUUGUUUCGCUCAGCUCCAGUGAGCUGGGGUUCUGUGCUGUAGCUUUUUAACAAAGGCACAACACCAGAUGGGAAUGUUGCCUUUGCGAGUCCUGGAGGCCUGAGGGCGUCCUUCCUUUCCAAGUAAGAACUGCUGAUAUUAUCAGUGUCUGAAUGGGGCCUGGUUUGCUUUAUUGUAACUCAUUUUAAGUGCUUUUUUUUCUCCCUUCUACUGAAAGCUUAAGGAUUCCUCGAGAGAUUUGUACCACACAGCCCCCUGUGCAGAAACCAAACCUAUUUGCUGUUUAAUUAUGAUCUCAGUACUGGUAGCACAGGGUCCAUCUUUAAUGAGUUAGUUCAGUGGAACAGUGAUAAAUGAACCAAUGGGCUUGCAGUUAAAAAAAAAAAAAGAAGUCCUCUGCUUAUCCCAGCUGAGGAGCCCAUGGGUGAAUUCCUUUUAGCUCAGUUUUCUUCCUCAGCUGAGAGCAGAUGAAGGCCGUAACACUGAAGCAGCUGCCCACGCACACACUGCCUCUAUGUACACCUUUACGUGCAAAAUCCAAACUGAAUACGUCAGUGCUGUCAAUCCAGGGAUAAAGCGAUGGCUUGUUCUCAGGCUGAACGUGCUAGAGAAGUAUUUAACAGCAAAGCUGAAACUGAAAAGGCGGAAGAUGUGAGUACUUAAAAAAGGAAAGAGAAGCUUUUUCCCAAAGGAGAGCAAUGAAACUAGAAGAUUCUCCAUCUACUCAGGGUUUAAAACAAUGCUCUACUGUUUGCCUGGUUGUAUUAAAUAAGAAAAAAAUAAAGAUUUUACAGUUACAGAACGUUAGGCUGUGCGAAAGCCUUUAUUUCUUUUUAAGAUGUCUCUGGAGGAGACCAGCUACUGGGGAGAUGGCCAACCCAGAUUCUGGAUGGAAAACUCCUGCCUGAAGGAAAAAAUGAAUGCUGGUCAGCGCUGCGCAGCUGGGAUUCAUCACGCUCCCCAUUUCUUACAAGUCUUUGUGCAUCUGAUCGGGGGCUUACUGGUGGGAAGAAGCACAUGUUGCUGCAUGCCUCAGAUGUGAUCUACGACUCCUUUCCUUUACGAUGAAGCCUGAUCUGGACUUCAGUGUGUCCUGUGGGCGAUCUGCUCUGCACGGCUCACCUGUGGCAUGAGGCCAAGCACCCAGGCAGGAUGUGCACAGCACUAAAAUGGUACAGGAGAUGGAAAAAAGACGUAUGCUGUUAGGCAUCCAUCCACGUGAACAGGGCCACCUGCUGAGUUCCCUGAAAUCCUGUCAUAACAAGUGACCAGUGUUUAUCCAGCCUUUUCUUUAACCUAGAGAAUGAAUUGUUAAAUCACAAAGCCAUCAGUGUACCCUAGUAAAAAUUAAUGAAAAUACGUGCCAAAUCUCACAACAAGGAGAGCAAAAGAAGAUAAUUUUCUGUGGAAAUAUACAGAGUCUAACCAGGUGGAUUUUUAUUUUGAUUCUCUUUCUCCUCGGUAUGAGAUCUGCAUGAAUAUUAUCUGCCAAAAGUCAGUGUCCUGCUAUCCUGUACUAAUGAGAGAAAAGUCCUGAAGAUGUUCUGGAAAGAAAGGGAGGAGAGCCUAGAUUAAGCACGAUGUUUUUCUUGUUCUAGCCUUAAACUGAAAGGAUAAGCAUGACAAUAAGCGUGUAAUGCUUUCACAGCGAUGUAACUCACUCAAGAAGCACAAAGGGUGCCUUUACAAUCAGAGCUCCUUUAGGGGAUAAUGCUAAAGGCGAUCAUCUGGUUUCAUGCUUUUAUCUCAUUAGUUGUCUCUAUGUAUUGUGAAAUUUAUCAUAUCAAGAGGAACAUCCUGAUUAAGGGGACGCUUCCUCUGUCACGAAGGUGUCUCUCAUACAAGUUUAAGGGCAGGAGCAAUGACUGCCUGUAGUGGAGAAGUUCACUCCAAGUGCAACCUUUUAUUUCAGGAAAGCAGAAAUGGAAAAGAGGUUGGAAAAAAUCUUGCAGUGGUCAAGAUGGCUCUCAGGAGGUCUGUUUUAUUAUUCUGGCGAAGGAUGCGAGUAACAGUGAUGAUUCCCUUCUACGUACCCUUAUACAAAAACACAGCCAUUUGGAUUCAGAACUGAAUUUGGAGAGGGAAAAGUGGAAAAAUCCCCUGACUAUAUGCAACCCGAAGAAAAUCCAUGGAUAAGCUUCAGUGAUAAACACAGAUAUGCAGAAUGUGCCAUCCUCGUGAGGCUUCAGGCCUGUGAAAUCUGAAUACACGUGUCCAGAGCUUAUUCCUGCUGAUACCUACACACGUAAUACAGGCAUCCAGCUGAAUGUUGGUAUAAUGCAGAAAUGUUACCUCUGAGUACAGCAGUCAUAACAGUCUCUAGAGAGACUCCACACAGCCUGAAUCAGGCCCAGCUUAAUAAUAAGAUUAAAACGUGCGCAGCCCCCGUGCUGUUCUCAUCUCGCUGUUUCAGAUGCCAGCAGAGCUGCUGCCUCUGUAUCUGUUAAGCAAUGGCAAUUGAAUAAAAGACAAUUUCAGCUCUCCUGAAAGUAUUUGUGCUUACUGAAAUAAUUAAUUCCACCAAAACAACUGCUGCCUCUAGAGCUAUUCGCUCUGUUUUGCUGUUUCUAAUCUCAGGCAUGAAUUUUUAGUGCCUCCAGUACAUGCUAAAGAACAGAGCCCAGGACGCACUGCUUUUCCUUUGGAGGCAGUUCUAUGAGGAGGGCCUGGCAGUCUGCAAGAUAUGCUUGUCUAGAGAAAGAAGGAUACCACGCUCAUGUGUCCUUAUAUGUUUCAGAUUUUUCUGAAACAGCAUCUAUCUGUAUUCUUGCACUUGCCAUGCAAUGAUCCAGGGCCAUUCAACUCUAAUGAUAUAAACAAGGAGCAGAAGGCAGUGACUGCCACAAGAAGCCCUCAAUCAAAUCAUGUAUUUGUAUUCUUUUCAGUGAUGACAGGAGCAUGAAGAAGGAGUGACCGUAUGCUUGUCAUUCUUUAGCAGUAACUUUUAUACCAAAAUAAUCUCAAGUAUUUGCUAGAGGUUUGCACCACAAAGCCUAAUAAACACAAUAAACCAGUAUUUGUGCUCCAAAUACAAAUAUUGCUAUGCUGCUCACAGAGAAUGGAAUAUUAGCAAUAACAUUUAGAUUAUUAUCACCUAGUAGUCUGGCUCUGUGAUAUUCUGAAAUAGAUCUAAAUCAUUUACUUUAGUUAACAGUCAUCAUUUAAUGAAACUUCCUGGAAUGACUUAGACCAAAAGACAGAAAGUUUGCAGCCUUGCUUGUGCAGGCAUCGCACAUCAUAUAUUCAACAUUAUGAAUUAACUGUCCUUUUUCAGAUCUGGAAUAGGAACCUUUCUGUUUAUUCUCCUUGCUUCAUUUCAAUUACUGCUAAUUUGAGCUGCUGAUGUUGUUAUUGAGCCCUGCACUGCCAUGGAUUUGAAACUUCCUUUGGCAAAGCACUGCACAGAAUGUAACUCAGCUCCAUGACAGGGAGGUCAGCUACACUUGCUGCCAAACUUGCUGCUGGCAUGGUUUAUUAUUACUCCACCCCCUCCAAGUCUAUUCAAUGGUUCUUUUCUGCAGCAAUCUGUUCUCUUCCUCUGAGCCUGAUGGUGCUGCUGGGGAUCUCUGCCUUUGCGGUGGGCAAAGUUCCUCAGCUGCUGGCAGUGCUGGACCCUGCCUAGCUCCAGGCAUCUCCAUGUUCUAUGGAGGAGUGAUGCUACCAGCAUCUCCUCAUCAUCUGGGGAGCCUGUCUACCCUUUCUUCAAACCUAAAUCCUGAAAGUGAUUUACCACUACCUGCUUUCAAUGCCCUGUCCUCAAAUAUUAAAUAUUCUCAUUCUCACAGACAAAGUGCAAGCUUUCUGACUGCUUUACCCUUUCAGCAUGCCUAAUAGCCAGUCCUCCUAUGAGAAAGAUGAUAAAAUCACAUUUUCUUACAGCAAUGGGCACCCCGGUGAGCCUCUCAGCCCAGCUCCCUGCUUUGUGAGCUCAUUAAACGCAGCCCAGUGGUGCUGGUAUAAUGUUGCAUCAGAUGACACUUAUUUGAUUUUAAUAUACAUGGAAAUCACUUGUGGAAAGCUUUUAUUAAAAAAAUAAAACUCAGUACCACAACCUGAUCUUAUAUAGAGAGACACUGCCUAGAAAUGUGAGCAGUGUGUGAGAGCAUGUGUGAUUUCUGACAAAUGGAGGCAGUGGGUGAAGAACCUAACAAAUGUCAUCUGUCAUUGCCAACAUUUUGGCCUCAUGUUUGUGCUCAGAAUCAGCUAAGACUUCUUUUUUUCCCCCCUGUGAAUUGCACAUAGGAUCCGAAUCUCUCUGCAGUUGCUGUCUUAGAACGUAGCCGGUGAGUUCUGGGUAACAGAAUAUCGGUGCUGGUUAGAGUGAAUCUUUAGAUGUGACUCUGCACAAGAAGUUAUUCAGGGCAGCACUGGGUAUGUUACCGACAUCCAGGGUGUGCUUGAGAAUUCUAGAGCUGUGUAUUUCAUCCCAGAAUAAAACACAGACCAAAAAUUGUUAAAGUAAUUUGGCAUAUUUCAGUAUUGCAGAAAUAUACAGCUGAAUUGCAGAGUUUGCAUAUGGCUGUAUGACUGUGUUGUUUCAUUACUUUCCUCUUCUACGUUUACCUGUUUAGGAUCAUAUAUUUAAAAACAAAAGCAGCAUUAUCUAUUAGCUGUAUAUUGAUAAACAAAGAAACUGUGUGUGCCUUGAAGUGGUUCACUCCUUCAUUUCCCAUAUAAAGAUAACUAUAGAAAUGUGACUAGAUGGCCAAGAUACAGUAAGAAAAGGUUGUCCCUAUGCCUGCCUAGCUGAAGCACAGAAGGAAAAAUGUUUAAAGAAAAUGUUUGCUCUUGCUCUCUUUACAGAGUUCCUUUGUACCCUAGGCAGUACUCAUGCGGUUCUAUUUAUUUAUUUGUAUACAUGUAUGCAUUUUGAAAGCAGAGCACCGUGUUUCUCAGACUGUAUUGGCUCUGUACAGGAUGUUUGGUGAUAGCAUUCUAAUUUCCUGCUGCGGACGGAGGACAACCAUGCAUUGCACGGUGGCUGUGGCCUGAAACAAUGUCCUGAAUUCCAAAAUCUUGUCAUUGUCAUCCUCAAGGUCUGAUCUUCUAAGUGCAGAAGAAUACUUUCUGGUUUCUUAUAGUUAUGUUUAUUUUGCACUGUGACAACUUGACAAACAGAGCAAGUUUGAAUCUUACCAGGUCUGUUUUUGCCUCAUUCCUCCUUGUUUUAAUAAAAUAAUAAGUGAUUUAUAUUUCUGUAUUCCAGAUGAAUUGUGUUAUGUCAGUGGCUGCAUUAGGAGUGACUUUCAGUACUGUUAUCCUUGCUUUAGUUUUAAAAGUGGAAGGACAAAAGGAGACCUGUGGGUCAUGAAAGCAGCAGAUGAACAGCUUCAGAGAUAGGAAUGGUGAAACGUGUGCAGUGGAUUAUGUUCUAAAAACCACAACCAACCAAUCAAAGCACAAAAUGAAAAGAAUCCACCCAGCCAACCAAACCAACAACAUUCUGAAGUGCUGUAUCUAAUUCUGCCAAGCUCUUAUGACUUAUAAGAUCUCUGGAACUCUUAGUUCUGUGUCAUUUGUUGGCUGUCAUUCUUACUCCAUAUGCUAGCUCAUGUGUUUUAGUUAAAUAUGGGCAACUAUAAUCACAUUCUGUUCUUAAAGUGUGCAAUCUCCUCCUCUCUUUCUUUGUUAUAAAAGAAAAAUGGACUUUCCUUUACCAAAAAAGUGCCCAAACCAGUUUAGACUUCUGACAGUGUCUGCAUUUCCAAAUGAUAAGGACAUAUUUCUAUGAAAUGCAGUAUUUUGCAGGGAUUUAAAUGUGACAUUAAAUUUUCCCCAUUGAUUGUAGGACCACAAAGUUAUUUAUCUGAGUAUCUACUCGAAUAGAUAUGAUCUGGGAAAUGUACAACACAUCCCUACUUGGGUGAGGAAAGACCAUACAGAGUACUGAACGACAUCCAGUGCGUCAGCUUGCUUGUUGUUUAACAGACAUUCUGUAUUGCAUUAAUAGCAGCAUGGGAAAAAGCAGGUUUACAGCUGCAGCCUCCACCCUCGGGAUAACAAAAGUACAGUGCUGAAUUUGGAAGGGUCAUCACUUCCCUUCUACAAGCACAUUUUUGUUCCUUGUCAAGUACAGAGUGUAUGACGCUUUCUCUCAGAACUGUUUUGUAAUUCUAACAAUUCCAAAAGUGUCUAUUACCUCUUGUUCUGGCCUUCUGCUGUAUUUCUGGAGUUACAGUUUAAGAUGGCCACUGUUGCCUGAGUGCGUCAGGCUUGGUGCUAACUUGGGGAGGGGAAAACAGUUCAGUUUUAUGGUAACAGAUGUAUUUGCACAGAGCCUUUAUAGGAUUCAGUGGAAAAAGUCUCCUCUCUGAAUCCUUGCAGAAUGUGCAGCACUGGGUAGCAGCACGUAGCUAAUGAAUGAGUUCCGCAGAGUAAAGCUGUUUGGCUUGCUUUUCCUAAUUGAGAUGUGCAGCACUGAAUGGCAUGAGCUAAGUGGUGAGUGGAACGGCCCAAAGCCCCGAUAGCUGCAAGACGUUAUGAACACCAGCAAUGCUGCCUCCACUUGAAAAUAUAUAAUCCUCAUCCUUGUACAAUAACAAACCUGUUCUGCUCUGCCAGUCCCCAUAACCCCAGUGCAGUGGGAAGAAAAAGAGAGAAGGCACUGCAAUUUCCUUGUGCAGUGCCAGAGAGCACUCAGAGCAGCGCUGUGCCUGGGAAGGCUCAGGGGAGGCCAGCUUGCCAGCCCUGGCACCUCGUAGAUUCUCAGCACUAUUUGUUGCUUUUUUUAACUGAAAGUGAGUUGAAACUAAUCAAAACUCCCUACUUUGGCAGCCAGGGAUUCCACAGCCAAGCCCUGCUUAAACUUACUGUGUAGCUUUGUUACAGGACACUUUCUGAGUAAACUGAGUGGAAUUUAGUGUAAAAGCAGAGUAAAGAAUCUUGAUUUUUUCUCUUAUAUUUUCUGAUGCAUCCUAAUUUUUGGCCUGCACAAAGAUAAACCUGUUCAUGCAAACUAUUGUUUAAUGGCCAUAUGAUGAGUCAGAGCCUUGCUGAAAGUUGUGCUAAAGCUGUAGAAGAACAUAAACGUUGAACCAAAAUGGAAUUGCAGCCUUUCUUCUCCUGCCCUGAGGUACAGUUUCAGCCUCUGAAACUCUUGUUUGCUCUUUCUAAAAUAUGAAGCCAAAUUCUCUGGUGUGAAAUGCUGUACUUGCACAUAUGCUGAUAAACCAGUGUGGUUCUGCAGCAAGAGAAGGAGCUCUGACCUCAUCACUGCUUUUUUUUUUCAUAGAUGAUUGACUGAAAAACAGUAUUUACUCUGGUCUGAAAGGGCCUUCAGACUGGUUAUAGCUGUAUUCACUUCUUCAACUGUGGAGAGGGAAAUUCAUGAAUUAUAAGAAAUACCAAUCUUUAAUAUAAGCUGAGAACUUUCUUUUUAAACUGCUUUGAUUGAAAAUGUUGAAGGGCUGAAAUAUUAUUUGAAAUGCAUUUAUUUUUGAUAAAAUUCCAUAGGAUUUCUUGUCAAUAUUUCAAGCUGUCAGACAGCUCUUACUUCCCGCGUUUAUUGUUUCCAUUAGUUUGUUGCAUACAAUAUUGCUUGAAAAACUGAGUUUGUGCUGUGCAAUAGCAAAUCCAGCUUUUUGCUCAUCUUCAGACUAAUGGAGCUGAUACUGGUGUCCAUUUUGUAGACUCAACAUCCCUUAGACACACACAAAAGAUGUGUGUUCAUAUACAUAUGUGUGUGCAUAGCACCAUUAGAUUUUGCUUAUUUUUGAGAAAUGAGACUUUGCCUUUUAACCAGGUCUCAUCUUGCAAACACUCAUGUAGGUUUCCACAAUGAAAUUCUGUAAUUUCAUCUCUGUGACUCCACAGGACAGUAAUAAUUGCUUCAGGUUUUAUUAUCUACUGUCUAAGGCCUUUGUCAUUUCACAGGCUACCACGUGCAUUUAUUGGGAUAUCCCGCUUCUAAGAUAAACAGUGGUUAAAUCUUGUUAUCAUAAAGUGUAAAUGGCUGGAAUGAAGCGAGCAGUCCUAUUUCUCAAACACUGCAGGAUGAAAUCACAUACAUUGGGGAACUGUUGCUUAUUGAGAAAUUAUUUAUGAGUUGAAUUAUAUCACUUCUAAAUAUAUAAAGAGUUGGGCUGGCUUCCAACAAUUACUAAAGAAGUGAGCCAAGCGAUGCUUUCCAAUUAAAUCAGAUGGGCUUUUUUUCAUUAAGUUCUCAGUGUUUUGUGUUUGUUCUUCUGCUGCUCAUGAUUUGAGCAGAUAACGCAUUAACCUUGUACAACAGAACUCUCACACAUCCCCUCUUUGGUAUCCUUUCAUGCAGUGGUGAUCCGUAGGUGUCUCUGUAGGUGCUUUCUACAUGAAAGGUUUCUUUCUUGUCCGUAUAAAUGCUGCUGGUGAUGCUUAAGCUCUUGCUUUUUUUUUUGGGACGAGUUGUUAUAUGGAGCUUCAAAGCUUCUGACUUCUGAUGGCUCAUUUAGAUCUCUAUAGUUUAGUCUUUGAUAAUGACUGUGAUCAAAAAAUUGCAGAAAACAGAGCAGUGCAGCAAACACUGACCUCUGCAGUAGUGCAUACACUGCCUAGGCUAUGGAAGGAAACAGGCAUAACUCCCUGACUUCAUGCAUUAGAAGGGGAAUAAAGAUGAAUUAAUUAAAAACAAAAGUGCUAAAGAAAAGACAAAUCCAUCAAACCACAAAGCACUCACUUUCCCACUUGUACUGGAAGAAAUUCAGAAGCUUACAGAGAGUUUAUGAACCACCUAUGCACUACAGUUCAGUGUAUAGCACUUGUACCAGCUCUCUAUAGAGUGAAAAAAUGUCACAACACUCAACAGACGUUAGGCUCUAUUUUCAAGGUAAAAAUGUUAUAGAAAGUUACUGGUUUAGGCUGAAUCCUAGGCUGUGUAGACCUGAAUAGACAUAAUCAGACCAAAGCAGCUCAUGACCUUUUUUCAAAGUAUCGAUUAAAAAGGUAAUUAAGAAAACUUAGUCAAUUAACUAUAAGCUUAAAUUUACUAUAAAAAUGCUCUCAACUGAAGAAAUGUGAAGUAAUCUACAAAAUGAAGCAAAACAGUGAAAGUUGCUGCAGUAACUACUGGAGUGUGAGAGGUCAGUCUUCCCAUUGCUGCCUACAGUCAUUGCUGCUGCAGAGUUGCCUUUGUUCCACGAUGAAGGAGUUUUUCUCCUCUGGAGUUCAUACGGAUUGUCAUGAUUGUGAGAUUUGCCUAUUUUACCUAUUUGAAGUUUGCCACUCAAAAAAGAAUAUUUUUUCCCCAGUACUUUGGAGUAGACAGCAGGCUCCUGUGUCUCUGGCAGAUCUACUUAGCUGUGUUACUGGUUCAUCUAGUCACUGAUUGAUCUUUCACAAGAUUAAAAUAAAGGUUUCUCCUCCACUUAGCUGGAAAAUGAAACCAGAUUGCGUUACUUGGAAAAACGAUUUAAAAUGAUGGAAACAAUUCUUGUACAAGAAAGACAGAAAUAACUCAUCACAAGGGUAUUCCUCAGUUGCCCAUUGAAAUAGCAACUUAUUGUGCUUUGCUUUUCACUGACGCACUUCUGCAGCAGUUCUCUCAAAAGAAUCUACAGUUGGUAGGUCUGAACUGCUGCUUUCUGUCUGGAAAUGGAGUGGCUAUUCCAUAGCCUUUAUCCAAAAGCUCCUUUUGAAAGAUGAAACACUGGACCACAGAGAUCUGCCAGAAAACGCCAGUGGGAAUGUAGGAAGGCGGUCCUUCAGUCCUUGCCUAAUGUCUGUACAUCCUGCCAGCUCCUCCCUUCCUGUAUGACAAUUCAUAUGCUGUAAUAGUGGCUAUCAUUGCUCACACCACAUAUAGGAGCUUCAGCCAGUGGAUUCAUGAAGCCAAAUCCAUCUGUCACACUUCCACACCUCCACCAGCCUUCAUGAGAACUUCCCUGAAACAAUGUUCAGCAGUUACUCAGGCUUGCAGGCAGAACACAGCUUUACCCAAACUGCUCUCCUUCCUACAGAAUGGAAUUAUCCAUGGGAUCAUAUAACUGAACAAUCUACUGUUUUCAAUAAAACCUUUUUUAGAACCUCAAGUUUUCAGGGCACAGAACUACCGUCUAAACGGAUGCUUCUACAGGAUUGCAGCUGUCUUCCUGGGAGAUGGUACAUCCUUACAGAGACAGACAGAAUUAAGAUAAUGAGUGAUGCACCUUUAGCAGGGGGAGGACAGCUUCUGGCCGUGUGAAAAGUAUCUCUGCUUUUCCUUUAUGUUGUAUAUGGAUAGCAAAAACUGUGUCUGUUCCCCAUGGUUACGCCUGUCAGUCUCUUAGAUAAUACUGCUUACAAUCAAACGGUACUUUAAAUCAGAUCAGGAACAAAAUCCACCAUCCUGGUGAGUUACACACCUCCCUACAUCUUCACAAUGACAUUCAGAGGGCAGUAGCACAUAAAAAUACAUCUUUCUGUACUUUAAACACAUGCCCUUGAAUAAAUUUUUAUGGAAUAUCUGCUUGCACUCCCACAAGCCAUUAACUUCUUUAGAACACUUACCAAACAAGACCAGCCAUGAACAGUCAUUUAUAGGCAGAAUUUAAGGUGUUUUUUUUUUUUUUUAAAUGCUGUAUUAUCUGGGGUAGUGCAACAUAUAGAGAAUUGCUACAAGGCCAAUGUAAGACCUUACAAGCAUAUGGACCAUAGGUCCAUACUGAAGUAUAUCAAAUGGAGAAAUUUUUUACCAGAGCUGGAAUAGGAUAGAGGAAGGAGUGGGAGAAGGCAAAGCCUUAUCCCCCUCUCACCCACAGUUCAGCUCAAUCCAUUCGUUCUGUUAUGUUACUGGAGCUGUGCAGUGUGUGCUCCUCUCCCAGAUCAGGACUGCAGCCACCCCUGCUAAUCGUAAAGUUUAACCUUCUCAGCCCCUUUAGCAGCAGCUCACAUCCAAAAUAGCACUUAGCUGCUCCAAAAAUUAUCAUAGCUUCUCUUUUUGAGUCACUGCCAAUGCGGAUUCUGUCAAAUUGGUUAUUUACAAUACAUCCUAAGAGCCCUUUGACAUCCCAAUCAGUAGCAAAAUGAAAUAAUCAUUGAUUUCUUACAAGAUGUAUCAAUCUUUAUGCCUUUAUGGAGAGGAAAGAAAACAGAGGCUUCAGAGAUAAUCAGAGUAAUAAUAACUUAUAAAUCUCCAUCUGCAGAUAGCAACACAUACUUGCAUACAUUCAACGAAUAAGGAUUUUAAACAUUUUCUACAUUUUAUAAUUUGAAAGCUCUCCUCUUAAAUCAUACUGAACCACAGAAUGGUUUGGGUUGGGAGAAACAUCAAAGAUGAUUUAGCUUCAACCCUUUAGACAUCGGUAGAGAUGCCACAACUGAAAGACGUAUUUUCAAUUCCCAGUUGUAGAAUAAGUCUCACUUAACGAGCCAUCACCAUGUAGUGUGUUGCUACUAGUAAACAGCCAUUAAAAUGAAGGCUACCUGACAGAGUGCAGACCUAGCCAGUUAUUAAUGAUAACACUUAGCACCUAGCUGAUCUAAGAGUCUCUUUCUGCUCAGUGAGAACUGAGAAGUCUAUUGCAUUUGUGCCAGAAAUGUCAUUCUGCAACAUUCCUGUUUGGGAAUGGAAAGUGAAAAGAAACAGACGCAUAUCCCACCCUUUCCCUUCCAGGCAGGAGCUAGGAAAAUCAUAUCAAAUUGUAUAGAGAAGAAUUUCUUGGUUGAAAAGAAAAGGUUGAAAGUAGAAAGCUGGGAUUAGAACUACCUGCCUCUUCAAUAUUGCAAUUUCUUAAUCAUUGGAAAGGUAAUGUCCUCACUGAAAUAUUUCCUGUAGGACAGUGCUUACAUAAUAACAUCUAAGAUGAAGAGGCUCAGCCCUAUAUUUGGACUCCCACCACAUUCAAUUUAGAAAGUAUCUGAGAGAGAAAUCUGUCUCUAUGUAACCUAAACAUUUGUAUCCUCAUAUAGUUUGUACAAAAUUCCUUUUUUAACUUCCAUACAAAAAUGCUACCUUCAAAUCUUCUGAAAAAAUACCAGCAGUAUCUUCUUCUCUUAAACUGCAAAUAUCUUUGUCCAUUUAUGCUGUCCACCUCAGAGAACACCACCAUUAUUUUGUAAUUUAUCCAAUCACCUAAUCCUUGUCCUUGUAGCCAGCAGAUUUCACACUCAAGCUGAGAAUUUUCAUUAAGGUUUGAAAAAGGAGAGAUUUUGGGACACAGCUGAUCAUGAUGCCUUUAUUACACACAAGUAUUAAAAAGUAUUUUGGUAAAUGUGAACUUUCCAAAGCUUUAUGCCAUUUGAAACUGUGUACUUAGCAUGAAACCUUGGUUUUCCAGUUCUAUUGUUUUCUGUAUUUGAACAUAAACUUUGCUGUGCUAGGAAGCCAGCUUCACCCAUAGGCCACUUAACCAUCAUUCAGAAUGGGGGAGGAAAGAUUACUGUACUGGAAUGCUGCUGUUUCUUAGCAACCAUGAAAGACAGAGUGAAGGAUAUUCAAGAGAAACCCAAAUAACAUCUCCAGAUUGAGAACUUCCACCUAGAAUACCUGCUAGCAUGGUAGUCAAUUAAUUCUAAAUUUCCAUUUUCCUACUCUGGUGCUAUGUUCCUUGCAGGCUUGAAAAGCUUGACUUGCACAGUCUGAGAUGGCAUUUCAGCAUUUAAUUUCCACAGAGCUGAUUUCUACCAGCUACUUGUUGCUACUUUGGAAAAACUGUAACAUUUGAUUAGAAAAAUAUUUUUCUGUUUCCUUCCAAAAUAAUGUCUGACUUACAUCCAUCUCCUCACCUUGUGGGUGUUUUACCAGUGUAAAGCUGCAAGGUUAUGCCCUGUUCCAAUGCUACACAAAAAAAAGGAACUGAUUUUAUUAAUAGCAAGGUGGGAAAUUAUGAUGAUUCCUCAUAAUUCUAAUCAAGUAUUUUGAGCACUUAAAUUACGGUGUUCUGAGGAUGCUCAUUUCACAUUACCAAUUUUACACUGCAAGACAAACAAUAGAAUUGCUGGUUUUCAACAAUCUGAACAGAAUCUAAAACACUCUAGCAGCUGAAAACUCCAUUUAUGUGGGAAAUUGCAUCUGGCACAGAAAGGGAAGAACAGUGGGGCCAAUAUAUAACAUUGGCACCCCCAGGCAGAGGGCUCCCUUGGAGCAGGGAGACCAUCUUAAGAGGAAUCCUGCCCCACAUGGCACAGGGUGCUCCUCAGCAGCCAAUCAAGGGCAUUGCUGAGCACCUGCACCUGGUGCUUGAAAUGGAAGAGAGGUGGUGGGAAGGCAUCUGGCUUGCUGCAGGGAGUACAGAGAAGAAGGUGCUUGUGGAAGGCUUGGGCACAACUUGUCAGGAGGUGCCAGCACGGUGGGCAGCUGGACGGGACGUGGAUCUGCCUGCACUUCGGUCAGCCCUUGCCAGUGCCCCCACCACAGCCCACACCGCCGGGCAGCAGGCCCUGAGCCCACGGCUGUGCACCAGCCGCAGGGGUAGAGCCGGUUCCCUCUGUAGCGUUGGACUUCAUGCAAGUUUGCCUCCAUCUCAUUGCUUGCAGAGGGCACCGUUUGAUUACACCCUUUUUAUUGUUCUGCACAGGACGUGAGAAUGUGGAGAUUUGGAAAAGCAGGAGGGAUUAUUAUUAUUUUCCUCUUCCUUCUGCCUCAUCUAAGAACUACGCAGGCUGCAGCGCAGCAGCAUUUGUACGCUCUUUUGGUGAAAAGUUAGGGCUCGCAAACCGAAGCCGUCCGGCGGCCUGAGGGCGGGCUAACCGCCUGCAAGCGGCCGCCAGCCGAGGUCCUGCA